CUCUCCUGAAGUUCUCUCUCUGUCUUCAGAGGCAGUUGGUGAGAGAGCUCACCCAAACAGAUCCCUCUUUCUUCCUCUCUGCUCAUUCGAUCUUCUCGAUCAGAAUUUUUCGACAUUCUUGUAUUCAAUUCCCUUACUUUCUUCGACCCUCUUGUCGUGUCUCUCAGUUUAUACGCUCAAAAUUCCGCCUUGCCUCUUGCUUCUGUGGUUGCUCUGUUUCUUGGAAUUCAAUUCGCGAUUAGGGUUUAUGGGCUGCGUUUGGCGUUGGGACUUGGGAGUAAAAAUUUCCUUUGUGGGGUUCUAGAAGUUGCGAUUUUUAACGCAACCCGUGCGGUGAUUGUGCCUGCAGCGAGAAGAAUGAUUAUCAAGCGGAACCUGAAAUCCCAAAUGCCGAGUCUGAAACGGUGCAAACUCGGUGACCCGAUGGGCGAGGACGACGAGUGCUCUUAUGCUCGUAAGAAGAAGAAGACGAACGGGUACUACCCUCUGAACCUUCUCGGCGAAGUCGCCGCCGGAAUAAUACCGGGGAACUUUCAUGGCCUUCUGAGUGCCGGCGUGUCGGAGAAGGGCUUAUCUGCAUCAUGGUGCACCCAAGUACCGUGCUCCCCCGGCGAAGUUGAAUCGAACUCGAAAAGCGACGCCAUUCGAGCCAAGAAGAACCAGGUUCAACGGCCACCGCUGGUUCGGACGUCGAGGGGGCGAGUUCAGGUUCUCCCUUCGCGGUUCAACGACUCUGUUAUUGAUAAUUGGAGGAAGGAGAGCAAGACUAGCUUGCGUGAUUAUGAUUGUGAAGACGAAUUUGAAUGCAAGAAGGACAAGUUCAGCUUCAGGGCACCCAAAAUUUGCAAUCAGAAUGCGAGGAAAGGGCGAAACGAUGAGAAAAUCGGUUAUAAGCCUCGCAAGUACUCUGCAUUGUGUGGGGAUGAAGCAAGUGUGAGGUAUAAGAGUUUUGGUACGAGCAAGUAUUCAACUUCGCGUGGUGGUGCAUUGGCCUCAAGGCUUGAGGUGUUGGUUGAAGAUGAGAGAGGAAGGUUUCUGGAGGUUGAAGGAGUUGAUUUGAUGGGAAAUGAGAGGGUUUUGAAGGAGAAUGGGGAGAAGAAAGAUGGAUUGUAUGGACCAGAAGAUUUUUAUGCAGGUGAUAUAGUGUGGGCCAAAGCUGGGAGGAAGGAACCUUUUUGGCCAGCCAUUGUCAUUGAUCCUGUAUCUCAAGCACCUGAGCUGGUUGUGAGGUCUUGGAUAGCUGAUGCAGCUUGUAUCAUGUUUCUUGGGUACGCCGGGAAUGAAAAUCAAAGGGACUAUGCAUGGGUGAAGCAUGGGAUGAUUUUUCCAUUUAUGGAAUAUGUGGACAGGUUUCAGGGGCAGUCUGAAUUGAAAUACUAUAAUCCCUCUGACUUUCAAAUGGCAAUAGAGGAGGCAUUUUUGGCAGAUCAGGGCUUCACUGAGAAGUUGAUAGCAGAUAUAAAUAUAGCAGCUGGUUAUGAUGAUACUAUGCUGAAAGCUUUUCAGGAGGUAGAUGGUUCAAACCAGUAUGCAGGAUACGACUUUCUGAACCAGGAUUUACUUGAUCAGAAGAAAGACACUCGACCCUGUGAAGCCUGUGGAUUGGGCGUUCCUUACAAGAUGUCAAAGAAAACGAAGAAUUCAACUCCUGGUGGCCAAUUCUUGUGCAAAACAUGUGCCAGGUUAACAAAAUCAAAACAUUAUUGUGGCAUAUGCAAGAAAGUUUGGAAUCAUUCGGAUAGUGGAAGUUGGGUGCGCUGUGAUGGAUGUAAAGUGUGGGUACAUGCAGAAUGCGACAAAAUUCCUAGCAACCUUUUCAAGAAUCUUGAAGGCACUGAUUAUUACUGCCCUACUUGCAAAGCCAAGUUUGAUUUUGAGUUAUCUGAUUCAGAAAAAUCACAGCCGAAAGUCAAGUGGAACAAAAACAAUGGCCAAAACAGUGGGCAGCUAGUGCUUCCAAAUAAGGUCACGGUUGUCUGCAAUGGUGUGGAAGGCAUAUAUUUUCCAAGCCUUCACUUAGUUGUGUGCAAGUGUGGUUUUUGUGGGACAGAAAAGCAAGCACUUAGUGAAUGGGAACGGCACACAGGUUCCAAAUUAAGAAAUUGGAGAACAAGUAUUAGGGUGAAAGACUCCAUGCUACCGCUGGAACAAUGGAUGCUGCAAUUGGCAGAAUUUCAUGCUAAUGCUCUAGUUUCUGUCAAACCUAAAAAAUCUUCUCUAAAGGAAAGGAAGCAGAAGUUGCUUACCUUCUUGCAAGAGAAGUAUGAACCUGUUUAUGCCAAGUGGACUACAGAACGUUGUGCGGUUUGUAGAUGGGUUGAAGACUGGGACUACAACAAAAUUAUCAUUUGUAACAGAUGUCAAAUAGCUGUUCAUCAAGAAUGCUAUGGAGCAAGAAAUGUUCGAGACUUUACAUCUUGGGUUUGUAAGGCUUGUGAAACUCCUAGUAUCAAGCGGGAGUGUUGUCUUUGUCCUGUAAAAGGUGGUGCUCUAAAGCCAACCGAUGUUGACACAUUAUGGGUUCAUGUGACGUGUGCUUGGUUUCGACCUGAAGUCUCUUUUGCUAGUGAUGAGAAGAUGGAGCCUGCUUUGGGUAUUCUAUCUAUUCCAUCAAAUUCUUUUGUGAAGAUUUGUGUUAUUUGCAAGCAAAUUCAUGGUUCAUGUACACAAUGUUGCAAGUGUUCCACUUAUUUCCAUGCUAUGUGUGCAUCAAGGGCUGGUUAUCGAAUGGAGUUGCAUUGUUUGGAGAAAAAUGGUAGGCAGACAACAAAAAUGGUUUCUUAUUGUGCUUACCACAGGGCUCCAAAUCCAGACACUGUUUUGAUUAUGCAAACUCCUCUUGGGGUCAUUUCAACCAAAAGCCUUCUCCAAACUAAGAGAAAAUCUGGAUCAAGGUUAAUCUCAUCUAAGAGAAUAAAGCAAGAACACACUCCUGUUGAUAAGGCUGGCCAUGAGCCAUUUUCUGCUGCUAGGUGCCGUAUCUUUCAAAGAACAAAUCAUACCAAAAAGAGAGCAGCAGAUGAAGCCAUUUCUCAUCAAGUGAGGGGUCACUGCCAUCAUUCUUUAGAAGCAAUACAGAGUUUAAAUGCAUACAGAGUGAUAGAGGAACCUCAGGCAUUUUCUUCUUUCAGAGAACGCCUUUUCCACUUGCAGAGAACCGAAAAUGAACGGGUUUGCUUUGGUAGAUCAGGCAUACAUGGAUGGGGCCUCUUUGCACGUAGAAACAUUCAAGAAGGAGAAAUGGUUCUUGAAUAUCGCGGUGAACAAGUGAGACGCAGCAUUGCGGAUAUGAGGGAGGCACGCUAUAGAUUACAAGGGAAAGACUGCUAUCUGUUUAAGAUUAGUGAAGAAGUGGUGGUAGAUGCCACUGAUAAAGGGAACAUCGCACGGCUAAUUAAUCACUCCUGUAUGCCAAAUUGCUAUGCAAGGAUCAUGAGUGUGGGUGAUGACGAGAGCCGGAUUGUACUCAUUGCUAAGACCAACGUAUCUUCUGGUGAUGAGCUAACGUAUGACUACUUGUUUGAUCCUGAUGAACCCGAUGAAUUCAAAGUUCCCUGCCUAUGUAAAGCUCCAAACUGUCGGAAAUUCAUGAAUUAGGAAGGAUUAUACAAAUGAAAUGAACAUCAGACGACAAGUAUUGUUUCUUCUCCUUAAGGAACACUAACCCAUCCCCCUCUUCUGCAGGGAAUCUCACAGUUACAUCAAAGCUGUAAUUCUUGUCAAACCAAAAGCCAAAAAAAAUAAAAAUUAGGGAGCUAAAAAAAAAAGGCAUAGUUUUCUGUUUUCCUUUUACCCUUUUGGUUUCUUAUGGACAUUUAUCAAAGUCUAAUAAAAGAUAUAGAUUCAGCAGUUUUUGCCUCUUGGCGUCUUUGUAAAUGAAUC